CCCCCUCCUCCAGGGGACGCCACCUGGGGGGAGGCGGGCGAAGCCAAGGACGCACUGACCAUUAGCAGCUAGGUGCCGGGGACACCCGUUUGAGGGGAUACAAAUGGGAGGGCCUUCUGUGGCUCAGGCAUCCCGGGGAGAGGACUGGGGCUGCCAGAUCAAGUGGGGUUCUCCCUGGAGAAGGAGCACAGUUCAGGGGCCAGGCGCUCAGGCACAGCCCUACGCAGGAAGCAAAGGAAAGACCCCCAACACCUGUCUCUUGCCCGGAGAUUUCAGCUCCUUUACUCAGAGUCCAGUUACAACCGCUACCCUCCCCCAUUCCAUUCCUGCUUCUUCCCAGCUCUGCUCCCGCUACAGACACAUGCCACACCCGGAUCCAUCUGCCUUGCCCUCGAUUCAGCCUCUUCUCUGGAUACUUUCUGCUCCCCAAACUCUGGGGACCACUGGCAGUUUUUCUCAGGAGGGCCAGUCCCCCACCAGUGACCUCGCCUGCUCGCCUCGCUCCGUUCAGUAUCUCUUACAGACCAUCUCAGCCGCAGGCCAAGCGUGGCCGCUCUCCCCCUCUCGUCCUCCCAGCUCCUUGGACUCCGUCUUUGUCAGAACCUCCCAUCUUGACUUUCUAACCCUGUUUGCCUCUCUGCUCACCACCUGCACACACACACACACACACACACACACACACACACACACACACACACACACACACACCACUACCUCAGCUCACAGACACCCCUCCCUUCCUAAUCUGAAAAGACAUCUUGUCUGGCUAGACUGGAAAAUUCCAGGGUUUAGGCCUCGUUCCUGAGGAGACAACAUUAAACGGAGAGAGGAGCUGAGUAACAAGCACCGUGAAGGAGGCCAAGGGAGAAUGAGGAAGCAGAAGCUGAAGGGGACCAGGUGCCAUGUUUCCCAUUUCCUGGAGAGGAGGCCCCAAGUUCAACUGAACAGAACGCUGUCUAGUCUUUAGCCCACAGAUCCAAGGAGCGUUGCUAUCGCCCCCAUAGCUUGGAGCUGGUCAGGAAGCCAGACCCCAGCCCCUCUCCCCCAGGCGCCAGCAGCCCACUACGCCCAGCCGCCUCCAUGGCCUCAGGCAGAGCCCAGCGGAGAAGGCCCCACACAGGGAGCCACCCCAGCAGCCCACCUGCUCAGCAUGGAGCUGACUGAGCUGCUUGUCGUGAUGAUGUUUCUUCUCAGUUCAAGACUGACCCUCACCCUGACCAGCCCUGCCCCUGUCUGCGACCCCAGACUCUUCAACAAGCUGCUUCGAGACUCUGCUGCCUUACACAGCAGACUGAGUCAAUGCUCGGACCUCAGUCCUCUGCCCAUACCUGUCCUGCUGCCCACCGUGGACUUCAGCCUUCGGGAAUGGAGAGCAAAGACGGAGCAGACCAAGGGGCAGGAGGUCCUCGGAGCUGUGACCUUACUGCUGGAAGGUGUGAUUUCAGCCCGAAGACAGCUGAACCCCAGCUGCCUCUCCUCCCUGCUUGGGCAGCUCUCAGCCCAGACACGUAUCCUCCUCGGAGCUCUGCAAGGCCUCCUGGGAACCCCGUCUCUCCCAAAGGGCCAGACUGCAGCUCACAGAGAGCCCACGGCCAUCUUCCUGAGCUUUCAGCAGCUCCUCCGAGGAAAGGUGCGUUUCCUGCUGCAUGCACUAAGACCCAUCCUCUGCGCCAGGCAGGAUCAGACGGCCACAGCAGCCCCAGACAGUGGCUCUAUGCCCUCUGUCAGGACAACCUCUGGGCUCAAAGACAAGGCCCUUGCAUCAUUGGAAAGGGCCCCUGGGAGCUCAGCCAGAGCUACAGAAGCUCCCAAGAGAGCGUUCAGACCCCUGAACAGAAUUCCUGGAUCGCUGAACCACACAGCCAACCCCCUGGACGAAGACCCUGCACACUUGAACAUGACUCUUGGGCCCUCAAACAGAAUCCAUGGUAUCUCUCCUGUACCCUCAAACAAUACUGUGGGGAAGUCAAACAAGCCCCCUGGAACUCUAGAUGUAACCUUCCAAUCACCCAUUCCCUUGCCUGGACUGAUUACUCCCCCAAGUACUCCUCCUACUGGACACCAGGUGCUUUCCUCUCCCUCCCCAGCCCUACCAACCCCUACACCCAGGCCUCACGUCCCUUCUACUUCCCCCUCAGCCACAGGUAACUCGGCUUUUUCUACAACCUGCUGUCUUCACUCCCAGGAUACGACCAAGGUCAUGCAGGGCCCCACCACCUCAUCCCCUAGUUAAGUCCCACAGUCUGAAAAGAAAGGCCUCCUGGGAGCAGGCCAGGACCCCCAGGAUACCCACUCAACUUCAGCCUGGCCUAAACUCCUCACGCAGCCCUGCUGACCUCUCAGGAGCCCAAGGGCAUGCAACAAGGACCAGGAGGCCUCCCCAAGAUCCCUCCUGGAAGCCUUCUCCUGCCACACAGACGGAAAGGGAACAUUUUUCACUGUCUAAUUUCAGAAAGUAUUUUUUUAAGCAGAUAAAUAAUAUUUGUCAGGAAAGCUGA